AUGGACGAACACACGCCAACGUCAACUGCCAGUCACGUACGGGCCUCUCAAGUUGAGAACGCUUUCCCAACACCACCUCGAGGUGUGACUCCUGAUGCUUCGUUUCGUAUCAACGGCCGUUCGUCUCCAGCUCCAGCGAAACUGUUGAACAUGCAACGAGCCCAGUCUACUCCUCCGGAGUUGACCAACGACAAUGCAUUUCGCCAUGUCUCAUAUGGUACAUCGAGCGACCUACCAGAUGCGGCAUCACUGGAGCAGUCUUGGUCAAGAGCACAUCUGUCGAAGAAAAGGAGCCAGUACUACAGCGAUGCAUUUGCAUACCGAGAGCCACAAAACAGUGCGCGCGAACGUGUGGUACGAGACUCGAUGAUCAUAGCUGAAGUCAAGCUUAAUUGCUGCCUCGAUUCGGAGCAGGAGUUCUUGAUCGAUCUCUCAUUUCGAGUUUCUGAGAUCUACCACCGACCCGAAGCAUCAGUCAUGGUACUAGUCGCCACAGAUAUACCCAUGGUGAUUGGAGGGAGCUCAGAACCGGCGUAUACGAUGAGUAUCACAGCACUCUCCCCGGAGAUUGCACCCACGAAGAACAAGCGCAGUGCACAUCUUUUGCAACAAUUUAUGCAGGAGUCGUUAAGUAUCAGUCCCAAGAGAGGCAUCGUGCGCUACGACGCGGUCCCUGAGUCGAAUUUGGCAACCAACGGUAUGACAGCACUUCAGGAGAUGGAGAAUAUGGGGCGAGAGUCACAUGACGGCGCCAGCGCUUUCCGUACGCUGAGUCGCACCAAGAGCCGAACCAAGAGGUCCAGCAUGCAGAAUACCAUGGACAGUGGACGGGCUCUGCCCUCGGACUUGCGCAGCACGACACCCUCCGUCAGACCCGGAUCGGUGUUUGAGACGUCUGCAUCGAAGCUGUUGAACUCAACUGAGAUGAGUAAGCGAAAGAUGAGGCCGAGAAGGAGUAUAUUCGACAUCUUCAGAAAGAGGAGCAUGGAUGCACUCAAAGAGUAG